AUGGCCAAUGAAGAGUAUGUGACUACUGAUGUGGUCAUCUGUGGCUGUGGCCCGACCGGGGCGAUGUUGUCUGCGUAUCUCGGGCAGAUGUCCAUUCCGCAUCUUGUGAUUGAGAAGGAGGCUGAAAUCACUACGGAUCCACGAGGAAUUGCGCUAGACGAGGAUGGUAUUCGAAUGCUUCAGGGUAUUGGCAUCUAUGACCAGAUUUACUCUGAAAUUGGCACUUACAUGCGAAAGUUCAAGUUCAUUGGAGGAAAGGAAAAAGUCCUCGACAAGAAGCCCUUUUUAGAAAUGGAUUACGGAACGACUGAGGGUGGAACUGGCCAUGUUGGUUUCAUAUGUCACAAACAACCAAUCCUCGAGAAAUAUCUCAGACUGGCAAUGACCUCAUCCAGCUUCUGUCAGCUCCAGACCAACUCCAGCAUAGUUGAUAUUCGCGAAGAGGGGGAUCAUGUCUACUCUCGAUACCGCGAUGCGCAAGGGAAAACACACAAUGUAAAAUCUCGCUUCCUGGUUGGUGCUGAUGGCAAAACUGGCUUUACCAGGAAGAAUUUCCUGGAACCUUUGGGAAUUCAUAUGGAACAGGCGCAUCAAUCGUUCUACGACGAAACCUGGGUGGCACUGAACUGGGAAAUAUCACUCCCUACGGAGAAGACGCAUCCCGAAUUCCCCCUAUGGCAACAGGGACACACUUCUCAGCAAGUGUAUGACCUCUUUUUCCCAGAGAACUUCAGGUUUAUUUGCAAUCCGGAGCGCCCCGCUGUAUGUGGUCGGUUUGGGCCACCAUCCGACAGACUCUGGCGCUUUGAGUUUGUGGUUCUUCCUGGCGAGGAUGGAGAGCAAAUGUCCAAUGCUGAGAACGUUGAGAAAGUCGUCUUUCCUUACAUCACACACCCAGGGAGUCGAUAUGGACUAAUGCAAGACAUCCAGUUCCCAGAAGACUGCAUUCGUGUCCUUCGAUCAAGACCGUUCCGCUUCUCCGCACGAAUCUGUAAUAAAUGGUCACAUGGCCGUGUAGUGCUUUGCGGCGAUGCAGCACAUGUAUUCCCACCAUUUGGUGGCCAAGGAAUCGCCUCCGGCUUCCGUGAUGCCGUUUCGCUAGCCUGGCGCCUCGUCCUACUCUGCCGACGCCAACCAUCAAGCAAGCCAAGCAAUCACGAAGAGGUGUUGUCGGGCUGGUAUCUUGAGCGCAAGCAGCAGCUGGAGAGAUCUCUCUCUUCAACGAUCGAAAAUGGCAAGUUCGUGACAGAAGGCAAUCCUAUAAAGAUCUUUAUGCGCGAUUGGUAUCUGUAUUUCAUGCACUUCGUUCCAAGUUGGAGGCAUGCUCUCAGGCUUGGUCGCAGAAAGGAAGGCCUGGUGCAGUAUAAAUACUCGCCCGGAUUACCCUUUGAUCCGACGCUAAGGGGUGGUCUUUGUCUUCCGCAGAAAAAAAAGAGUCUCUUCCAGUUGCUUGUCUACCUGAAAGAUUUGGAUGAGCUGGCUGCUGCUCGCGACGCCGUGUCUGAUGUUGAGGAUAUCUCAAAGGGGGAGAUUUAUGGUGACGAGAUUACAUAUCUCAUCGAGGGGUUUGGACUCGACUCGAAUAGCGCGGUCGUAAAGGACAAGUCUUCCAUCUACUGUCUAGCUACUGGGGAAGAGUUCGCUGGGUCCUCAUUGUGCCGUGGACGACCGGAGCCGGAGCAAUACGAUCCGUUCUAUCUUUCGAAGGCACUGGCGGCGGCCAAGUUCGUGCUUGUUCGACCUGAUCGAUUUGUAUAUGCUGCUUGCAACGAGGUCUCCCAGCUUGAGAAAGUGAUUUCUGAAGCGGUGGCAUAUCUGCGUUAG